AUGGAGAGGGAUAAAAAUGCUUUGUUCAAAGAAAGACGGAAUUAUAUCAAUGGAGCUUGGUGUGGAGCUUGGGACUGGAAAUCGACAAUCAGGAGAAGAAGCUCAGAUGACCUUCAAGCCUUAGAAAGGUAUCUUUCUCAAACGGCUUUCAAUACUUCAGGUGAGGAUGUGUGGUCGUGGAAUUGGGACAAGAAUGAGAUUUUUUCGGUCAAUUUAAUGUCUAAAAUUCUGCAAGGGGCUAUCGAUACAAAUGUUAAUAGCAAUGAUUUCUCCUUUUGGAGUCCGUUAAUCCCGAAGAAAGUUAACAUUUUCACUUGGCGGUUACUUGAAGAAGCCAUCCCGGUUAGAUUCAAUCUUUUGAAGAGAGGGAUUUCG